GUCCCGCAGUGCUUUACCUUGACACACCUGUGAAACAACCCACCCCUACUUAAGUUUCACUUUACGACCUAGUUUGACAAACACUGGGACAAGUUAACGUAUUUACUUGAUUAAAACAUCAUAUUUGAAUCUCAUGGAACAGCAGUAGCCUAGACAUCAGGUGAAUCAGUGGGACUUGCCCUUAUGAGAAUGUUUUGUACCAACUUGUUUUAUGGAAUAUCAUUUGAAAUGUUGAAACACAAUGGUAAAUAGUCAAUUUGCAGACAGACAGACGGGCCAAUAAUUGCACUCACAACACAUAGCCCCUAGACAUGAAUAUCAUACAGACCGAGACAGGCAGAGAAACAGUGAUGUCAGAGCACCUGACUUUAAACCCAGAGCCAGAUGAAGAACAAGCUGGAGGGCCUUCUACAACCAGUAGGUCUGCUGCUACAGGACCUCAAACACCUGGAUCGGAACAACAGGGCCUAGAGCACAGGAGGAUGGAAGAAGAAAAGGGGGAAGAGGAUAAGGAGGAGGCAACCAGCUCAGCUACCUUUGAGCCUAGCACUUUGCUAUGGCUGGGAGACAAAGGGAUGGUGCGAGAGGGAGAGAAAGGAAGUGUAGCGUCUGAGAGCAAGGGAACUGAAGGGGAGGAGAGGGAGAUAGGGAGCCAAGAGCUUCUGGAGGGACAGGAGAGACAGCAGGAGAGUGAGCGAAAGGCAAAAUGGAGAGAAAGCAUGCCAGAGGGGGAGAGAUGGACGGAUGAGGAGGUGGAGGGAGGCCAAGAUGAGAAAAGGGAUGGUUCGCUUGCAGAUGAUGAAGAUGAGGAGGAAGGCCAAGUCAAUUGGAUGCCAGAAAAGGCUAUGCAGGUCUUCACUCCAACAGUGAUAGUGCGUCCAUCUAGCAAAUGGGAGGAGUUCCCACCCGAAAAUAACUACUAUGAGGAAAUGGACACUGAGAAGAGUUCUUUCUUAGAGCCCCAGACACAUACAGCCCCACCAGUAUACUACUACCCACAAUGGACAGAGGGGCGGGACAACUACACACAUAUGUGUUGCGGUGAUGUUCUGAAACUUGGCCUGGGCAUUGGUGCUGCAGCUGUUCUAUUCCCUCUACUCGUGUGGGGCGGCUAUGCCCUCUUGCCCUUUGAUGCCCCGCCACUGGACAGCGCCCCUCUCAGGCUGGUGUACACACUGCGCUGCUCCUUCUUUGCUGUCAUACCCAUCAUUCUAGGUGUGCUGGUGCAGGGGGUGGCGUGGCUGCACUACGGCGCCUUAACGCCCCUCUACGAGGGCAAGGUGGGGGAGGAGAGCCGGGAGAUGGCGGUGCACCGGCACUACGUGGUUGACUCGCUCUCCCUCUUCCUGCUCUACUUCCUGCAACUGGCCGUUAUGGCCACCUACAUCAGCCAGGACCUGCUCAAGAUGGUGCCCCUGCUCACCAUCGUCUUUGCCUUUGGCAGGCUGAUCUACUGGGUGUGUGUGACCCUAGGCAGCAGUGUGAGGGGUUUGGGCUUCGGCCUCUCCUUCCUGCCCAUACUGGUCAUGCUGGGCGCCAACCUCUACUUUGUGUGCUCGUCACUCAGUGAAGGGGCUGUCUUUGAUGUGGCCCCGCCCACCACUGCUCCACCUCCCCGGCAGAGUUGGUGGGGCUAAGGAGGAAGAGGAGUAGAUACGCCCAAUCCUGAAGCCUAGAUGGACCCCCAGUCCCUAGACACUUGUGUAGAUCUGAUAAGGAUAAAUUACAUGGGAAUAUGUCCACUUUGCUUUCUGAUAGACCAGGGGCAUGCUCAGUAGGCAAACAUUGUGCAACCUUGCAGAUAGAAAUUUAUUCUUUACUCUAUAUGUCAGAGAUGCAAGUGUGUUCACAAUAUAACACACAUUCCCCAAUGUUUUUUCCCUACUGAGGUUUGUUUGAAAUGUUGUUGGUACCCAUUCAGCUCUACACAACUGUCAUGGUGUUGAUUUGGAAGGAGAGGGGGGAAGAAUCAAUCAAGUUUAUCAGCUUGGAUUUCACCUUCAUCUGAAACAUUGGAUUGCAUUUGCAGUGGUUGAUGGUGAAAUACAAUGACUUGAGGCUAGCAACCCCAUAGAAGUUGCUUGUAAUUGAAGGAUCGUGUGCCAUACGCCCUAUGGGACUCCCAAUCACGGGGGUCUUCCAAGUUUACAUUUAUGAAGACUUGAAUGCAACUUCGCUGGAGUAUAAACCUUUUUUAUUUUUUAAGAAAUAAAAAGUGGUGUCACAAGCUAGAAGCCCAUAACAAGGAAUAACAAAAUAUAUUUAACUGAAGUAACCAAAUACAAUUACCAAUGGUGUGAGUGGUUGCGUGCAUAGAUGUGAUAAUGAGGGGUGUUGAAUAGUACCCAAACAAAAUGGCCACAAAAAUGCUACAACCAAAAUCCAACAGUGUUGUCUGCAUGGAGUCUCCUCAAUGAAUGGGGAAGAGGUGUGUCCCAUUUCGCUGACAACCCUCCCGGCUUUGCCCACCGACAUCCUAAUAAGGAAAACGAGAAAGAAUACGGCUGGGAGGGUUGUCACAGCGGAUAUAAUUGUUUCAACUGUGCAAUGUUUACAUUUCAUUUCCAAAUUUGUACAGCAUUUAAUACUCCCAAUGGAUGGGAAUGAAGUGUAAUUUAAUGCCUACAUGCAAUAUGUGCCUUGUCUGUACAGUACCAUAAAAGCAAUGAACAAUCAGUACAUUGUUUGUAUAUGGCAGCCAGCUGAUAUUGUUGUAUUCCUUUUGGACAUUGUCAUUCAAUAUGUUUACACUCAUAAUGGAAUGAUGUUUCUCAUAAAGCACCUAAUAUUCCUGAGUUGUGUCAUGACAUGAAGCCAAGGGAUGAAAUGAGGAUUGACAGCCAGCUCAAAAGACGACAAGAUCCCUUCUUCACUCAAUUUGUCUAUUUAAUAUAUAAAAUACGGUAAAACAUACGCAAAAAGGUUAAGGGACUUGGAUACUUUGGUACAACAAACACUUUUGUAAAAGCAGUAUAGAAUUUUAAUAACAUCAGUGCAUACAUUGUAUAUGAAAAUAUACACAAAAUGUAUAUCGUUCUCAAAAACAAAAAUAACCUUUACAACGAAAACCCAAAGCAGACUAACCGAGCACAAUAUAUUAGCUAUCAUUUGUUUUUCUUACGCUACAUUUUUUACGAGGUUUUCUUACUCAUUUGUGAUGCAUUGUGAUUUUUUUUAAAUGUAACGAGCAUUUAUUUGUUUUGUAUAAUCCCACGCAUUUACAUUUUCAAAUUCGGUUAAUUGCUAAUUUCAGUCCCCCCCCACAUAAAUAAAUGUUCAUAUCUUAAUCAAUAUUGCAGCAUUUAACUGGUAUUUUCCUUCAUUGCAUUUGCUAUGUCACAAUAACUGAUUGUGCAAUUUUAGCCAGUUUCAAGAAAGGAAGCCAGUUUCACUUAUGUAUAUAAGGUCGAUUAAAUAAAAGGUUGAAUAUCCUACACAAAAUACCAAAAAAAUAUAAGCUCCAUAAUAGAAUAUUAUUAAUAAAAAGACAAUGGAACUGUCACCAGCACAAAUAAACACUUGAAAAAUAGUAAGAUCUAGAAAACAUUUUACACAAGAAAAAAAAGGGUGCAGGUUUUUCAUUUAACAUUAUAGAUUGUCUUCAGACUACAUUGCUAGAUUGGACAGAGAACCUUUUGUACAUGAGUGGCCUGCAAGUGUCAGGGUAUUAAAACCAAAUCAGUGUGGUGUCAAAUGUCUCAAACCAGAGGGACCUCUCCCUCAGACUGAGGUGGGCCUGACUACACAAAAGUUCAGAUAGAAAUGUAGCGUGUAGAAAAGAAAACCCUUUGUCAUAAAGAUUUGGGCAUGGGUGUCCGUUCUAGACAUUACAUUUCUAUCUGCAACGUUGCACCCCACUAGAAAGGUCACUGGUGCCAGCCAUACGCACUGAACCCUGGGAUACUCUGAGCAGGCAAUGAAACUAAAUCUGUGUUGCAUAAUGUACAGUAGAUACAUUUAUAGAAAUCAACACCGCCUUCUUACAUUGUGUUAAAUAGGACAACUCCAUUAGACGUAGCUCACGGCAGAGUGUGAAGCAUUUGAAAACAUGAUUUCAUAUGAAUGAUUAAAAUGUGAUUUCAAAAAUUGGCAAAUUACUUUAAAUAAAGUAGCAUUCGUUUUCGCUCAGCCUCACAGUGUAUACUGUAGUUUACAAAGUCUGAUCCUUUUAAGACAAAAUACCAUGAUUCAAUGCAAUUGUACUAGUUUAAUAGUACAAUCCAUUUUAUUUCUAUAAUUUGUUAUAGUGGUCUAUCACUUGACAUUGAUUAUUGGGGAUUGGGUUCAGAGCGUGAGGCCAAAGGACAUGUUGACGCCGCAGCCAAGCAGGCCUCAAGAGUGAGACAGAAAGUGCACACCAUCAACACUAGCAUUAUAUAGGUUACUGAAACAAACUUCUCGGCUACUGCGGCAGGACUCCUGCAUCGUAGCUCCAAACAUAUCACAAUCACACUCAUAUGCAAACAGAUCCACUGAGAAUGAACACAU